AGUAACUUAUUUCUUUGUUUGUGGCUUCUUUUAUCAUUCUGAAUAUCAUUCUCCUAUAUGGAAAACGUAAAACAAAUGGAUGUAACAAAGGAAGAAGAACACGAGGAAUAUCAAUAUUUACAUUUAAUCAAAAAAAUCAUGAAAGAAGGAACAAAAAAAGAUGAUCGUACGGGUGUCGGAACGUUGGCUAUUUUUGGAACCCAUAUGCGAUUUAACUUGAAAGACAAUAUAUUUCCAUUACUAACUACAAAACGAGUAUACUGGAAGGGUGUACUGGAGGAAUUGUUAUGGUUCAUCAAAGGAUCAACAAAUGCUAAGUUAUUAAGUGAAAAAGGUGUUCAUAUUUGGGAUGCAAACAGUUCACGUAACUACUUAGACUCUUGUAACUUUACAGACAGGGAAGAAGGAGAUUUGGGACCAGUUUAUGGGUUUCAGUGGAGACAUUUUGGUGCAGAAUACAAAGACAUGCAUGCAGAUUAUAACUACCAAGGGAUUGAUCAAUUGAAAGAAAUUGUAAAUAAGUUACGACAUUCUCCAAAUGAUAGAAGAAUUAUAAUGUCAGCAUGGAAUCCUGUUGAUAUUCCAAAAAUGGCACUACCCCCAUGCCAUUGUUUUGUUCAGUUUUAUGUGAGCAAUGGAGAAUUAUCAUGUCAGCUUUAUCAAAGAAGCGCCGAUAUGGGUCUUGGUGUACCAUUUAAUAUAGCAUCCUAUUCUCUAUUAACUUACAUGUUGGCACACGUUACAAAUUUAAAGCCAGGUGAAUUUAUACAUACAAUGGGUGACUGUCAUGUGUACCUCAAUCAUAUAUCAGCACUCGAGGAACAAAUCAAACGUGUGCCAAAACCAUUUCCACAUUUAAAAAUAGUUAGGAACGUUGAAAAUAUCGACGAUUUUACGACGAAUGAUUUCGAACUGAUUGGAUAUGAACCACAUGCAAAGAUCUCGAUGUCAAUGGCUGUAUAACAUGUUGAAAUGUAACGAUAUCAUAUCGAA